AUGCAAUCCAAGAAAAUAAAAAAGCUUAAACAAAAGCAAGCUGAAGAACUAGACAAAUUAAAGCAUAGGCAGACAGAAGCCAAAAGAGAAAGUGAGAAGCAAAAGAUAGAGAAAGAUAAACUGAAGAAAUUGAAGGACGAGGAACUGUUACUAAAGCAACGAAUUAAGGAGAAAGAAGCUCGAUUACUAAAUGAGAACAGAACUAAUGCUGAAAUAAUUGAGAACAAAAGCGAUAUUAGAAAGGCAAACAAAAGUGAGAAAACUGAAAGUACGAAAGCAAAGUUACACAAGCCCAAUAUCCCAUCAUUAACUGAAACUACAUUCGAAGAAUGGAAAAUAGAGGUUGAAAUUAUUCUUAAGUCGGGACUAUAUGAGGAAAAUAUUCUCCGACAAGCUAUUAGGAAUUCUUUAUGUGGACACACCAGAAAGAUAUUGUUGACCAUGAGUCCUGAUGCAACCAUACAGCAAAUUAUAAACAAGUUAGAAGGUAUAUAUGGAAACAUUAGAUCGGGUGAAUCAGUUUUAUCUGAAUUUUACAUGUCGAAACAAGGAAAGGAUGAAAAUGUGUCAGAAUGGGGCUUGCGAUUAGAAAAUAUAUUACAGAGAGCAAUAGAAAAAGGUCAUAUAAAAGAAGAACAAAGAGAAGAUAUGUUAAAAGCAAGAUUCUGGAGGCAUUUGUACAGUGAGGACCUGAAAAACGCUACAAGACUAAGCUUUGAAACACCAAAGUCUUUUGAAGAGUUGCGAAGAAAAGUACGUAUAGAAGAAAACGAGAUGUCGAUGACGAGAAUACAAGAAGUAGAAAUAGAUGAUAAAAUAUCAAUAAAUCAGCAUAAAAGUGAAGACGACACUGAUAUUGUCAAGAAAACAGUUUUAGAAAGAAUGAAAAGGCUAGAAGAAGAACUUCUUCGAGUUCAAGAAAAGUCUAGAGAAGAGAAAGAAAGUACAAGUGGUGACAUACAUAGACGUCAUGAUAUAGAGCAAGAAAGGAGUAGAUGGGAUAGAAGAGAUAGAUAUAGAGAUAGAUAUGAUAGAUAUGAUAGAGGUAAUUACAGAAAUAGAUACAGAGAUUAUGAAUAUGGGGACAGAAUAAAUUACAAAAGAGAUAAUCGAGAAAGAUAUGACACAGAUAGACCAAACAGAGAUUACCGUAGACGAUCUGAUGAUAUAGAUUGGAGAAAAGAGGACGAUAGGUACCCAAGAUACAGAAGAGAUGAUAUUGAAAGAGGAUAUAGGGGAGACAGAAGAACUAAUGAUAGAUACGGAUAUGACAGAGAAAGAAAUUACGAUGUGAACAGCUGUAGAGAUCAAAAUGAGAAGUACAGAGAGUCAGACAGCAGAAGAGAUAAUAAAGAGUUUGACAGGAAUUAUAGAGAAGGUUCCAGCGCAGAACAGCGAAAACAAGAUACGGACAAAGGAGAAACAGCAAAACAAGAACACAAACAAGUACAAUCAAAUUCCAAGACGGAGGCAGCAGGUAGAACAAACACACCAAAUAAGCCUUUAAACCGGUAG